AUGGUAGCGGUGCAGACGUCCCCCAACUCGUCCCCGUCGGCGGAGUGGAUCUGCUGCCUGGACAAAAGGCCCUCGGAGCGCUCAGGAGAGGAUGUGGACAUCAUAUUGACCAGACUGAGAGAGGUCAAAGCCUUCCAUAGGUUCCCACCUCCGCUCUUACUGCAGAUCUGUGCCUGUGCCUUCUACGAAUGCCUAGAGAAAGGCAUCACUUUGUUUCGACAGGGAGACAUAGGCACCAGCUGGUACGCUGUCCUGUCUGGCUCCCUGGACGUCAAAGUGUCAGAAACCGCCAACCACCAGGAUGCAGUCACUAUCUGUACGCUGGGGAUCGGGACAGCGUUCGGGGAGUCCAUCCUGGACAACACACCACGCCACGCUACCAUCGUCAGCAGGGAGACCAGCGAGCUGCUCCGUAUCGAGCAGAGGGAGUUCAAGAGUCUCUGGGAGAAGUAUCGUCAGAGCUUGGCUGGACUGUUGGCCCCUCCUUAUGGAGCUAUGGAGAGUGGAUCCAACAAUGACAGACUCGCAGACAAAGACAACAUGAACUCAGACUCUGCAAACAAAGCUCACAACAAGAUUCCUUCAGAGAAGCUGCAGAGAGCCGGGAAGGUCCUGCGCAAUGCCAUCCUGUCCAGAGCCCCGCACAUGAUCCGAGACAGGAAGUACCAUCUCAAGACAUACAGACAAUGCUGCGUAGGCACAGAGCUGGUGGACUGGCUGGUGCUGCAGAGUGCCUGUGUUCUCACACGGUCCCAUGCUGUAGGGAUGUGGCAGGCGCUACUAGAAGAAGGGGUGCUCAACCAUGUGGACCAGGAGCUGGGUUUCCAGGACAAGUACCUGUUCUACCGUUUUCUUGACGACGAGGAGGAGGACACGCCGUUGCCCAGCGAGGAGGAGAAGAGGGAGAGUGAGGAAGAGCUGCCAGAGACCAUCCUCUUCCUCGCUCAGAUCGGCCCAGACGCACUGCUGCGCAUGAUCCUCAGGAAAUCGCCUGGUCAGAGGACAGGGGAUGACCUAGAGAUCAUCUAUGAUGAGCUGCUUCACAUCAAGGCCUUAGCUCACCUCUCCAACACCGUGAAGAGGGAACUGGCGAGCGUUGUGAUCUUCGAGUCGCAUGCGAAAGCUGGAACAGUGUUGUUCAACCAAGGAGAGGAGGGCACAUCAUGGUACAUCAUCCAGAAGGGCUCUGUCAACGUGGUUAUCUACGGCAAGGGUGUGGUGUGUACGCUCCACGAGGGUGAUGACUUUGGGAAGCUGGCCCUGGUUACAGACUCACCUCGUGCUGCCUCCAUCGUCCUGAGAGAGGACAACUGCCACUUCCUCCGUGUGGACAAGGAAGACUUCAACAGGAUACUCAGGGAUGUGGAAGCCAACACGGUGCGCUUGAAAGAGCAUGAACAACCUGUGCUGGUGUUAGAAAAGAGUCCCCGCGCCUCCACCCUGGGAAGCAUCAAGUACACUGUGAUAUCAGGAACACCGGAGAAGAUUCUUGAGCACUUCCUGGAGACGAUGAGAAUGGACAUACAUCACAAUGAACCAGACCCAGCUGUGGAUGAUUUUGUCCUCAUGCACUGCGUCUUCAUACCCAACAGCCAGCUGUGCCCUCUACUCAUGGCACACUACCAUGCGCCAUCUCCGCCUGGCCCCGAACAAGAGAAGUUGGAGUACGCGCUCAACAGUAAGAGGAGGGCCGUCAUUCUGGCCCUGCGCUGGGCUAACACACUCACAUACAUGCUACAGGAGGAGCCUGCUGCAAUCUCCUUCCUCGAGGAGUUGUAUGGGAGCUUAUCAAAUGACUCUCGGACGCUGAGAGCUUUGAAAGACUUGGUUCCUGACCUGGAGAAAGUUGUCAAAUUACAUUCAGAAGAAGCCAAAUCCACAAAAAAAAAAACCCUAAUAAGACAGUUCAGCAACGGAGAGGAAAGGCUGCAGAAGAAACAGCCCAUCAGGAAUCAAGAUGACAUCCUGUUGAAGGUGUACUGCGGCGAUCACACAUACACGACUAUCCGGGUUGCCGUGGUAGCGACGGGAAGAGAAGUGAUCAGCGCUGUGGCCGACAAACUUGGCACCACCGAUGAGCUCCUGUUGGUCCACCUCAGCUCUGCUGGUGAAAAACUAAUCGUGAAGCCGAACGACGUGUCAGUGUUUUCCGUCCUGAGCAUCAACGGCAGAUUAUUUGCUUGUCCUCGAGACCAGCUCAACAGUCUGACCCCUCUUCCAGACCAGGAGGGUCCCUCUGCAGGCUCCAUGUCAACUUUUGAGCUGAUGAGCUCUAAGGACCUGGCUUACCAAAUGACCAUGUUUGACUGGGAGCUCUUCAGCUGCGUGCAUGAGCAUGAGCUGCUCUACCACACGUUUGGCCGGCAGAGCUUCAGGAGAACCACGGCCAAUCUGGAUCUGUUCCUGCGCAGGUUCAACCAGGUUCAGCUGUGGGUGGUCACUGAGGUCUGCCUCUGCGGACAGCUCAGCAAGAGAGUCCAGCUCCUCAAGAAAUUCAUCAAGAUAGCUGCACACUGUCGGGAGUUUAAGAACCUGAAUUCGUUCUUUGCCAUCAUCAUGGGGAUGAGCAACCCUGCUGUCAGCAGACUGAGCCAGACGUGGGAGAAACUGCCCACCAAGUUUAAGAAGUUCUAUGCUGAGUUUGAGAGUAUGAUGGACCCGUCAAGAAACCACCGGUCCUACCGACUCACCGUCACCAAACUGGAACCCCCAAUCAUCCCCUUCAUGCCCCUCCUUCUCAAAGAUAUGACAUUUACACAUGAGGGCAACAAGACCUUCAUUGACAGUAUGGUCAAUUUUGAGAAAAUGCGUAUUAUAGCUAACACAAUUCGCCAAGUGAGGCAUUGUAGAAGCCAACCCUUCAACCCCGACAUAUGCCAACCCAACAAAAAUCAAGCGGAGGUACGGGCUUACGUUAGGAAGCUCUGUGUGGUCGACAACCAGAGGGCGCUGACGCAGCUCUCCUACAGGAUGGAGCCUCGGCGGACAUGA